UGGGCAGAGGGUGAGGUUUGCCUGUGUGGGCUGCAGGGGAAGCCGUGUGAAGGCGGCAGGGCCGGAGGGCAGCGCUAUCUGGGUCGCGUGAGCCGUCCUCCUCCGGAGCCACCAUGCUGCUCGCGCUGCUCCUGACCUUCCCGGGACUUCUCCAUCCUGCUGCAGGCACAGGGGCCUCAGCCCCCCGGGCCCCGGGCCCCCCUGGCCCGGCCGCAGAGGACCCGCUCUCCUUCCGCGUGCUCCAGGCCGCCUCGUUUGCCAACCACAGCUGGGCGCACUCGCAGGGCUCGGGCUGGCUGGGCGAUCUGCAGACGCACGGCUGGGACCCGGCGCUGGGCACCAUCCGCUUCCUGUGGCCCUGGUCCCGGGGCAACUUCAGCACCCAGAUGCUGCAGAACCUCCAGAGCCUGCUCCAGCUGUACUUCCACGGGUUCACCAUCGAAGUGCAGGCCUUUGCCCGGGAGUUCCAGUUCGAAUACCCCUUUGAGCUCCAGGUGUCAGCUGGCUGUACAUUGCAUGCUGGGAAGGCUUCCGGAAUCUUCUUCAAUGGGGCAUAUCAAGGCUCAGAUUUCCUGAGUUUCCAGGGAAACUCCUGGCAGCCAUCUCCGGGAGCAGGGAGUCGGGCCCAGAAAGUCUGUGCCGUGCUCAACCGCUACCGUGACAUUAAGGAAAUCGUGCUGAGCCUUCUCAGCAACACCUGCCCCCAGUUUCUGGCAGGAAUCCUUGAAGCAGGGAAGUCCGAGCUGGGACGACCAGUGAGGCCAGAGGUCUGGCUGUCCAGCGGCCCCAGUCCCGGCCCUGGCCGUCUGCUGCUGGUGUGCCACGUCUCCGGCUUCCACCCAAAGCCAGUGUGGGUGAUGUGGAUGCGGGGUGAGCAGGAGCAGCCGGGCACCCGGCGAGGCGACGUCCUGCCCCAUGCCGACGAGACGUGGUACCUCCGGGUGACCCUGGAGGUGGCGGCGCGGGAGGCGGCCGGCCUGUCUUGCCGAGUGAGACACAGCAGUCUAGGAGGCCACGACAUAGUCAUCCACUGGGGUAGAGACUGGGCCCUGUUGACACUGAUGUGUCUGGCGGUGCUGGUCACCCUGCUCCUGCUGCUGGGCCUGCACUGCUCGCUUAGAAAGCUCAGCUCACAUGGGAGAGCCGUGGCGCCCGGUGCAUCCAGUCCUGACCCCGCCACAGCAGCCAACGACUGGGGACGCAGGACCUCUGGACACCAGCUCCAUGCCCCUCGGGAAUCAUGGGUCAAGAACAAACUUUUAAAGAAAUUGAAAGCAAGCCUAACCCCACUCUGGCAACAUUAGCUUUUCCCUCCCAUAGAAAAUCUGUGUCUGCUGCUUCUUACACAUGGUUCAUACUUAUAAACAAAGCAUAGUUUUGAUUAAAAGAAGGCUUGUUAUGGUGGGAAUCUUGACCCCUUCAGAAAUCUGUAUUCUUUUUUCUUUUUCCUGUCUUCCAGCAAUAUCUUUCCUGCCUUGGCCACAUCUUCAUUGCUACUGACUCUUCAAACUCUAAUUCAGAUGCUCCUUUCUCAUGGAUGCUUCCCUAGAUUUCCCAAUUGAAAGCUCUUGCAAGGUUGGAUGAAUGGUCCCAAAUAGAUUCAUCUCUUCCUACUCUGAACAGUGAUUAUUUAGGCUUUUGCUCUUUUUUUUUCUUUUUUUUUUCUCAGUUGCUUGACAGCAGGAUGCAGGUGUCUGUACUGGUACCUGUGACCAAAAAUCUGACCUGGAUUCAGGGCAGGCUUCAUGGGCGUGUGAACUGUGCAGUGGUUGCUGUCUUGAAAUCCUUAAUAAAACUUGGAGAUACUGUGUUUUUGUUUUGUCCUGGCCCCACGGAUUAUGUAGCUGGUUUAGAGCAAAAUGUUUUUCAGUAAACGCUGAUUGAAAUAAA